AUGAUCGAGAACGGCUACGCUAGUCUCAAGAUUGUGAACACGGAACACGGGGCUCUGACGCGAUACGACGCAUAUAGAGAGGAGCUGGCGAGCAAGGAGGCUGCCGGGGAGGUGAGCAUCUCGUUCGAGUUCUUUCCUCCCAAGACCGAUCAGGGUGUGCAGAAUCUCUAUGACAGAAUGGGCCGCAUGCACGUCUUGGGUCCGUUAAUCAUCAAUAUUACAUGGAGUCCGGACAGCCAUCACUCUGACCUGACCUGA